UUGUUUUUAUUUGUCUUUUCUUCAACUCUUAAAUAUUAGACCAAUGGACAAUUGAACAUGAUCACCACCUAUUUGUAAAUUUUCCCAACCCAGAAUUUCGAAAAAAAUAAUACAAGGAAGAAAGAAAGUACUCACCCUCUAUUCAAUUCCCCAACUGAAAUUCUAAAUCACCAUUUGAGAUGGCAUCAUUUGCAGGCACCACCCAGAAGUGCACAGCUUGUGAAAAGAAAGUGUAUUGGGUGGAACAGCUUACUGCUGACAACAAGGUGUACCAUAAAUCGUGUUUCAGAUGCCACCACUGCAAGGGCACCCUCAAGGUGAGACCAAACACAGGAUCAUUUCUGAUCGUAUCUGAAUUCAUGCUUGAAGGUAUUCCAAGAAUUGCUAGAGUCGAAAGAUCUGCUGAUCAGGUCCAAAACAACAAGGUUUCAAGAUUGUUUUCUGGAACUCAGGAAAAGUGUGUUGUUUGCAAGAAAACGGUGUACCCAAUUGAAAAGGUGGCUGUCGAUGGGAAAUCUUACCACAAGUCAUGUUUCAGAUGCACCCAUGGUGGUUGUGUAAUUAGCCCUUCAAAUUAUGUUGCCCAUGAACAUCUUCUCUAUUGCAGACAUCACCAUACUCAGCUCUUCAAGCAAAAGGGUAACUUCAGUCAAUUAGUGAAGCAUGAAAAUCUUCAACUCACCACUCAAAACACCACACAACAUCCAACUAAUGGCACUGCAACUUCACCUCAUGACUCUUCUUAGCUUUCACCAACUUCUAUUUCUUUCAUUAUUUAUGUUAUAAUACUUGAGUGCCAAGCUUGUAACCACAACUUUAAAUUUCUUUUGGAUUAUUUUUGUUAUUUUCACUUCAGAAGGAAUUCAUGUAUACUUUGCUCAAUCAUUUCAAUUAAACUCCUAUUGUUGCC